AAGAAGUUUGGAGAUUUGUAUGAAUGCAAGUUGCAACAGAGACGGACAUUUAAAAAUGCUGAAAAGAAGGAAGGAAAGAAGAGAAAGAAAUGGGUGGGGCCGAAAAAAUAAGAAUGAAAAAGAAAAAAACGUUGGCACGAGAGGCAGCUAAAUGCGCCAAAUUAACAGACCUUUUUCGGGAAAAGGGUGCUGCUGUGGCAGAAGGUAACGUUACAGAUGAGGAAGGAGGACCCAGCAGCAGGACAGCUGUUAAGGUCAGUGAUGGAGAAGGACAGGUUGAGGAUGACCCCUGCAGUCAUAUUGAUGAUGAGGGAGAGAAGGAGGAGGAGCAGGAGGAAGGAGAGCAGCAAGAGAAAGACGAGCAGGAGGAGAAGAAUGGAACCAGUAUAAAAACAGUGACAGGUAGAGGGGCAGUGUGCAGGGCUGGGUAGGCAAUCAUAUUAGGAAAAUAAAUCAAUCAGAUAUUUACAUAUAGGUUAAAAUGCCAAUAAUUCCACAUACUAGAUAAUAACCUGACUGAAGCACAGAUUGAAUUAGAAAAUGUUUUAU